AUGAUCGGCAUAGAGGCUGAGAAUCGACUCGAGGAGAACAACCGACUGCUACGAGAGAAAGGCACACGCGUAAGAGGCAAGCGUGAGGAAGGCUGGAAGUUUCCUCCAGUCAUGAUCGUCGCCGGCAAUAAAUGUGACCUGAAGGACGCCCGCUUGGUCUCUGCCAAGUACGCUUGGGAAUGGGCGCGAAGUAGAGGUUGUGGUUUCAUGGAGACGUCCGCUCGCGAAAUGGUCAACAUUGAGGAGACUUUUGCUUGGAUCGUCCGGAAAAUCGUUGACAAUCGCCGGUCAGAACUAGGCUUGUCUUCGACACGAAGCAAAAGCCACACGCCACAGACAAGUGCUGCCGGCCUUGCCGCUUACGGCAUACCAUCACAAAUGUCGGCUGGUCAACCUAACAACACUGGCUCGACGAUACCUAACACGAUCGUUGAUGAAAAGAGCCAUUUCGGCUCAAAGACGCCGUGGUGGAGGAAGAUGUUAAAGUGCGGUUGUUUCGGCUGA